AUGAUGCCGUGAUUCAGUGUCAUGUGACAUCGACAGAAACGAGUCCCUCGUAAAAGUUACCGGUAAAGCGGCUUGCCCAAAUGGCCAACGCGGGGUCCGUUGUUUUAUUUUCCGUUUUGCUGUCUGCGACGUCAGCCGGACUGUAUUUUAACAGGAGAGAGCCCUGUUAUGUUCCCACGCCGAGGACAAACGGCUUCGGACUGAGGAACUCUCCUCUCCCUCACGAGUAUUUAAACAUCUCUGAUCUGCCCAAAUCGUGGGACUGGAGGAACGUCAGCGGGAUCAACUAUGUUAGCACCACCCGCAACCAGCACAUUCCUCAGUACUGCGGCUCAUGUUGGGCUCAUGGCAGCACCAGCGCAAUGGCAGAUCGCAUCAAUAUUAAGCGGCGAGGGGCGUGGCCUUCCGCGUACCUCUCCGUGCAGCAUGUGGUGGACUGCGGAGGAGCCGGCACUUGUCACGGCGGCGAUCAUGGCGGGGUGUGGGAAUACGCCAACACCCACGGCAUCCCGGAUGAGACGUGCAAUAACUACCAGGCCAAAGACCAGAAAUGUAAACCAUUCAACGAGUGCGGCACCUGUACCACCUUCGGCGUUUGCAAUGUUGUGAAGAACUACACCCUGUGGAAAGUGGGCGAUUACGGGGCGGUCAGUGGGAGGGAGAAGAUGAUGGCUGAAAUCUAUGCCCGAGGACCGAUCAGCUGUGGUAUCAUGGCAACAGAGAAACUGGACAACUACAACGGCGGUCUCUACUCAGAGUACGUUGAAGAUCCCAUCGUGAACCACAUCGUGUCAGUGGCGGGAUGGGGAGUGGAGAACGGCGUGGAGUACUGGAUCGUACGGAACUCUUGGGGAGAGCCGUGGGGUGAGAAGGGCUGGCUCAGGAUCGUCACCAGCGCUUACAAGGGAGGAAGCGGAAGUUCCUACAACCUGGCACUGGAGACUGAUUGUGCCUAUGGAGACCCUAUCGUUCCGAAAGACUACUUCGUCUAGAUCACACCAGAACUCUGGAUCCAGUUUUAAUCAGAACGGAAAAGGGAACAUAUUUUUGUGUUUAAAAUGAUUUUUAAAUUAAAAUGCCAAAUGGUUGGAUCUGUUGUGAUUUUCUGAUUGUUGAACAGUCUAAAAAAAAGUUUUUUUACACGAUCGGUGCGACAGUAGCAAAUAUUCCCCACAAUAGAAAAUACAGGCAGACGAACCACCGUCACAUUCUGCUGCUGUGAGUGCUACACAGGUGAUUAAAGCGUGCAUUAACAAUCUACAA